AUGAAUGAACUGAAUUUAGACGACUUGAGUUUGUCAGAUUCUGACUACAGCUCUGAUGAAGCCGUUAUUGGGUCAAAUUCGUCUAAAAGUGCUUCAAACCAAGCCUUGAAAGAAAAAACCGAACUUCUGGACAAAUAUGCGUCUCAUAUUAAGGUGGAUCAGAUCAAACACAGAAUCACCAGAGAUAAAGCGGAGAGGGCUACUGUAGAGCAAGUUCUCGACCCUCGAACGCUGAGGUUCUUAUCCAAGCUAUUUAAAAACGGAACAAUCACAGAAAUCAAUGGAUGCAUAUCAACAGGCAAAGAAGCCAAUGUAUAUUACGCAUUGAAUUCAGAAACAGGAAAAGAAUAUGCUGUCAAGAUUUACAAAACUUCCAUUUUAGUGUUUAAGGACCGUGAGAGGUAUGUGGACGGUGAGUUCCGGUUUAGAAAUACUCGCAACCAAUCGAAUCCUCGGAAAAUGGUUCGCUUGUGGGCUGAAAAAGAGUUCAGAAAUUUAAAACGGUUGCACGCUGCUGGAAUUCCUUCUCCAGAACCGGUGGACCUCAAAUCGCAUGUUUUGGUGAUGGAGUAUUUUAGCAAAGGAGAUGGGUGGCCAUCUCCAAAACUGAAAGACUACGAAUUUCAAGAUGAUGAAGAAGUAGCCCGUUUUUACAUUCGACUACUCAUUUACAUGAGAUGGCUUUAUCAGAAAUGUCGGCUGGUGCACGCAGACUUGAGUGAGUACAAUACUAUUGUGCAUAAGGGCGAAGUGUACAUAUUUGAUGUUUCACAGUCUGUGGAGCCAGAUCAUCAAAUGUCGAUGGAUUUCUUGCGAAUGGAUAUCAAAAACGUAAAUGAUUUUUUCUCCAGGACGAAAAACAUCAAUGUUUUCCCUGAAAGGAUGAUAUUCAGGUUUGUGAUUGACUCGUGGUCAAACCUGAUGACUGAGCUGAUCCCUGAAAAGAACGAGCGGCGAUUGGCAUUGGAUGACCCUGAGAACUUGGACUUGCUCGAAAAAUACCUGGCCACAUUACCUCACAAGACUGAAGACGAUCAGGAAGACAUUAUUUUCAGAUCUUUGCAUUUGGUGACCUCGCUGAACCAUUUGGAAGAGCGCGAUUUCGAUAAGUUCAAGAGCGGUCAGGUGGACACCUUGAGAGAUUUAGUAAAGGACUCUUCAGAAGAGGAAGAUGAUGACGAUGAUGAGCAAACCGAGCAGAGUGAAGACGAAGAAGGUGAGCAGGAGGAAAGCGAAGACGAAGAAGGAACGCCAAAAGGAAAGAAGUACGAAGACAAGGAAGCCAAAAAGGAAAGAAAGAAAGCUGCUAAAGAAGCUGCUAGAGAAAAACGCAAAACCAAAAUGAAAAAGCAUGUUAAAAAGAAGCUCACUAAAAAAGGUCAUAAGUAG